GGAUUUGGCGAAACAGCCGACCGGUUGCUGGCGCAGAGCUAACGGUAGUAGCAUUCAGCAAUUUCGGAGCAGUGGAAAGGAACAGUCGAGAACCACUGUAGGCGAACCACAAUGCCUCGAGUUUAUAUCGGACGACUAAGCUAUCAUGUCCGCGAAAAAGAUAUUCAGCGUUUUUUCAGCGGCUAUGGGAAGCUAAUGGAGAUUGAUUUAAAAAACGGGUAUGGAUUCGUGGAGUUCGAAGAUAAUAGGGACGCCGACGACGCCGUUUACGAGCUAAACGGGAAGGAGCUGUGUGGGGAGCGGGUGAUCGUCGAGCAUGCCCGGGGCCCGCGACGAGACCGAGAUGGCUACGGUGGGGGUUACUGGGGUGGUGGGCGCAGUAGCGGUUACAGCAGCCGCAGCCGCUCUGGCAGGGACAAAUAUGGGCCGCCAGUCCGCACAGAGUACCGCCUCAUUGUCGAGAACUUAUCCAGCCGCUGUAGUUGGCAGGACCUCAAGGACUUCAUGCGUCAGGCAGGAGAGGUGACCUAUGCAGAUGCCCACAAGGAACGCACUAAUGAGGGAGUGAUUGAGUUCCGGACGUAUUCCGACAUGAAGAGGGCUCUGGACAAGCUGGAUGGUACUGACAUCAACGGGCGGAAAAUUCGCCUGGUGGAGGAUCGUCCUCGCAGACGUCGGUCUUACUCUGGCAGCCGCUCCAGAUCUCGCAGUCGUCGGCGCUCCCGCAGCAGGAGAAGCAGGAGCAGGAGCUCAAAGAGUCGCUCCAGAUCCCACUCGAGGUCUCGUUCCCGCAGCAAUAAGAGACGGCAUCAUUCCCGCUCCAGGUCUGAGAGAAAGUCUCGCUCCAAGUCAGGAGAACGCAAAUCACGUUCUCGCACUCGCAGGUCUCGUUCUAGAUCCAACAGAUCCAACAAAUCCAAAUCUCGUUCACGCUCUCGCAAAUCUCGGUCUCGCUCAGCCGAGCACAAGUCCAAGUCUCGUUCAAAGAGCCGCUCUAAGGUAAAGUCGGAGAGGGAUUCUCGUAGCCGAUCAAAGGAACGGUCUGCUGAGAAGAAGUCCCGCAGCCGCUCACCCUCUCCAGUAGAGAAUGGAAAAGAAGAGCAUGUGGCCAAAUCUGCCUCUCGCUCCCCGUCUCCACAGGAGGAAGAGUGCCGAUCCCAGUCCAGAGAAAAGCGCUCAGCCUCUCGCUCCAAGUCUCGCUCCAAGUCCCGAUCCAAGUCUCCCUCCAAGUCCCGUUCAAAGUCCCGUUCAAAGUCCCGCUCCAGGUCUCGCUCACGGUCUAGAUCAGCUUCUCAGGAUUAGUGGGUGUAGAGAGGGGAGAGGUUUUCUUAUUGUUUAGCUUGAUCAUUAUGCUGUACAUACUGAGCAAUGUUUAAUAACUGGUUUAUGCUUCUGAGGCCCCCCCCUUCAAAUGUACAUUUGUCUUUUAACUUGUUAAAGCAGGAGUUUAUUAGACCAUCAACCACAAUACAGCCAAUGCUUUUUGGACUUGUUUCAGAUUAUCUGCUCCCUAAAAAAAUAAAAAAAAAUAAAAUAAAAUUUAGAAUUUUGGAUUAAUGAAAAUAAUGGGUGCUGGGCUAUACAACUAUAGCCUGAGGAAGUUAAUGUCUCUGUAACUGGUGCCUGAUUUGGUAAAGUUUAGGUUUCUUACUGUUCUGCUUUCAUUUAAAGUUGUUUGUUUGGUCAGUGAAUAUUAAGUUGUCUAAAUGUUCUUUUAUUCAGUUUGCAGCAGUUUGUUUUGGUUGUUAGUCUGACAGUUUGCUGUCCUUGUCUCCAGGCCUCUUAUGUCUGAAGCAUCCAUCUUUGCUUGGUAAUUAUUUUGUGUUGUACUCAUUCAGCUCGCAUGAUUGUUGAAGAGUAGGCUCCAGGACUGGAGCAUUUGAGUUGUUGACCUGCGCAUUCAGUCGCGUUCUUCGACGAAUCAGUUUGUCUUCGUGUUAAACAAUGAGUAUUCAGGAUGUAAGAGCUUGUAGUGCAGAGCUGCUUAAUUUAAAGCUAAUGAGGGUUUGGACUUACGUUUGAAUAACUUGCAUUGUAGAUGGAUUAUUUUAACUACUUGUACAUAGAGUAAUCAGCACAAAGCAAUUGGUCCCUUUCAUCUUUUUGUAGCUUUUUGGGGGGAGGAGGUUUGUAACAUUAAGCAGGUGAUCUAUUAAGGGCCUUUAUUUUAGUUUUUGAUUUUCAGUUUGACUAGAGACUCCUUUGCAUUGUCCUGUUUUUCCUCAGAUUCUUCCAUUGCGCCGAUUGCUUCCCUGGUAAUGUUGUUUUCCCUCCCCAGCUUCAGAACAGACUGAAGGGUUUUGGACAGCCUUAUUUAAA